AUGUUGAAGUUUGCCUUUAUUUUUAUAGUUUCGGUGUCCAUAUGCGGUGGUGUUUUUGUUGCUAAGGGCAACUGCCCAACCAACGAAGAGUUUCUUCUAUGCGGUUCUGCGUGCCAACAGAACUGCAGCAAUCUGAACCCAGGGAAUUGCACCGACUGUAUCGAGGGAUGCUUCUGCUUGCCUGGUUUCUUGAGGAAUGAGAACGGAACUUGUGUUAAUGCUGGCUUAUGUGCUGCAUUCAAUUCAACUUGUGGUGCAAACGAGGAGUUCCUGGCAUGCGGCAAAGCUUGCCCCGCCACGUGCGCCGUGCCCGAGCCAGAAGUAUGUGGACUGGCCUGCAGCGUGGGCUGCUUCUGCACAGAAGGCUUCUACCGAGAUGAGGUCACUGGGCGGUGUGUCACUUUGGACAACUGUUCUGCUUCUGAUGACAUGUGCUUCAAUAGCAAUGAAGUAUACGAUAUAUGCAACGCAAACUGCGAGCCCACGUGCGCAGAGCCCGAGCCGAUUUGCGCAAAGCUGUGCAAGGGGGGCUGUAUUUGCGCACCGGGCCUUUUGCGCAGUCCGGGCGGCGAGUGCGUCAGCGUCGAUAAGUGUCCCCCAUCAAAUGGCACUGCACCUGACGUGUUGAACAAAUAUCUUACUACUAUCAAUAAGAUACUGCAUUUGACUGCGGUGUAA